AUGCUUUCAUCAUCUGAUUGCUUCAUUACACCAUAUUACAAAAUUCCCGUCGACAAACAGGUGAAUGAUGAACUUUGGAAAACGGGGGACUGUACUUACAUCUCGCGACUAGACGAUGAGAAACAGAUGGGUGUCGAGAUUCAACUUCCAUUCAUUACAUACGUCAUGGAGGAAUAUAAGGAGCAAUUUACUAUAGUGCCCAUAUAUGUGGGUUUCGUGGAGUUCGAGAAUCUCCGCCGGUUCGCCAAAAAACUGAUCCCUUACUAUCAAGAUUCCAAAAAUUUGUUCAUCUUCUCCGUUAGUCUAACACAUUGGGACUUCGACAAGGGGGCAAUCGAGGCCCUAAAGAAACUUAACUUCAAGGCGUUUGACUACUAUCGCCUACUGAACAAAAUGGCAAUUCCCGAAUUCCCCGUUUGGGCCAUUUUCUUAUGGCUGGUCUCUCAGGUUCUAAUGGAGGACGAAUAUCGAGUCCGAUUACUCACUGAUGAAGAAUACGAGAAGGCCUUCCAGGAAACAGCUGAACUCAUCGUACAUGGUCAGUCUUGGUCGUUACCAUCUGUUACCCCUGAACGGAGUUGCAUUUCCUUCCUUUCGGCCUCAUUAAAACGGGAUCGUAAGAAAUGCCAAGAACCGCCUCCCGAGGAACCGAAUCCUCUUAACAAGUGUUGUUGA